AUGGGGAGGAAAAAGAUACAGAUUCAGAGGAUCACCGAUGAGCGCAACAGACAGGUGACUUUCACCAAGAGGAAGUUCGGCCUGAUGAAGAAGGCGUACGAGCUGAGCGUGCUGUGCGACUGCGAGAUCGCCCUAAUCAUCUUCAACCACUCGAACAAGCUCUUCCAGUACGCCAGCACCGACAUGGACAAGGUGCUGCUCAAGUACACCGAGUACAACGAGCCACACGAGAGCCGGACCAACGCCGACAUCAUUGAGACAUUGCGAAAGAAAAGCUUUAACGGCUGCAACAGCCCCGAGCCGGACUGCGACGACUCCAUCGACCAAAGCCCGCUAAACGAGGACAAAUACCGCGGCAAGACGGACGACCUGGACAACCUGUUCAAGCGCUACGGCGCUCUGAACAAGAAAGAGCACCGGGACUCUGAGAGCCCGGACCCCGAAGAGCCCUUCUCGCUCACGCCGCGCACUGAGGAGAAGUACAAAAAAAUUGACGAGGAGUUUGAUAAAAUGAUGCGCAACUAUAGGCUGUCACCAACCUACUCAAUGCCCGUCACUGUGCCGGUGUCCAAUCCGAGCGCCCCGCCGCCGCAACCGGCCACCCUCCAGUUCAGCAACAACCCGGGCGGCGCCCUGGUUACCACCACUUCUUUUGUCAACGCCGCACUGUCAGACCCCCGCCUGCUGUCGCCGCAGCAACCCAACCUGCAGAGGAACAGCGUGUCGCCGGGACUGCCGCAGCGACCCGCCAGCGCAGGCGCCCUCCUCGUAGGAGAUUUGGGAAACUCCAACGGAGCGUGCCCGAGUCCAGUCCCUAAUGGCUACAUUAGCGCCCGGGCCUCGCCGGGCCUGCUGUCCAUCUCCAACGGCAACAACAGCAACUUGGUCAAGGUGGUCCCGGCCAAGUCUCCACCUCCUCCCAGUCCUCAGAUGAUCAGCGCUCGCAAGCCGGACCUCCGGGUCAUCACCUCGCAUGGUGGCAAGAGCCUCAUGCAGCUGACCGAAGAAGAAUUGGAGCUGGUCACCGAGAAUGCCCAGCGGCUCGGCGGCUCCCAGGUGUCGCAGCCCCUCACCACCCCUGUGGUUUCCGUGGCGACGCCCAGCCUCCUGGCGCCCUUCUCCGCCAUGCAGACAGGCUAUAACACUGAGUACCAGCUGACGAGCGCCGACCUGACGGCCCUGCAGACGUUCACGCCGGCGGGCCUGGUGCCCGCUAACAUGGCUGCCUGGCAACAGCAACAGCAGCCGGCCGUUGCCCAGCAACAGACGGCGCCGCCCAUCGGACUGGCCUCGCUCACCAAUCUUGUGCCGAUGGCCCCCCUCCCUCAGGGCACAGCGCUGACCAUCAACACCAACCCUCACGUCAACAUCAAAUCCGAGCCCGUGUCGCCCAACCGGGACCGCAGCACCCCUUGUCCCGCUUUGGGCGGCUCCGGUGGCGGCGGAAUUCAAAUCCACGGGCAAGCCGCCCCGUCGUACACCCCCAUUUUACGCCCCGAAGCGGGAGGUCAAGGCCGUUCUCCAGUCGACAGCCUGAGCAGCAACGCCAGCUCGUACGACGGCAGCGACCGGGACGACGCCGGUCGGGGCGGCGGCGGGGGUCCAGACUUCCACCUGCACCAACAGGCCGGCGCCCAGCAGCCCACCAUGCUGCUUCUGCGGCCCGCUUCGGCCGAACCUCCGGAGCAGGACAACGUGAAGAGGAUGAGGUUGGACGCGUGGGUCACAUGA